AUGGGAGAUGCUAGAUUACCCGAUAUCGACACCCUGCCGACCCUCCCGCCAUUGCAUUGCAACGAAAUCCUCGACACCCUCUUCGAACGUUCGAAACCCUUACAUUCCCUUGCAGAAUCACUUUUUCUCCAGAAGGAAUGCACGUCAUAUCAAGCUCUGAUUGACUUUGUGAGGGCGCGACUUACUGCCCUUGCUUCCUCCGACAAUCCGGAUGACAGGACCAUCCUUCUAGAUAUUCUCGGCUCCCAUCCGCGACUAGGGGAAAAGACCUCGCCACCGAAUUCCGGGGAGAGCAGGGCCUUACAAGAAUCACCAGCGCAGCAUCUAAGCGAGUUGAGCAGAGCAGAACAGAGCAACCUCAACGAAAAGGCCCAGGAAGGGAGCGCCCAACAGUUGGUAGCACUGAAUCGCGAAUAUGAGCAAGCGUUUCCAGGUUUGAGAUAUGUGUAUGGGAUUAACUGCCGCAUUAUAACAUUUGUAAAUGGGCGCGGUAGAGAUGCGAUUAUGGAGGAGAUGCGGCAGCGGAUUGAUCGACACGACAUUGAGCUUGAGGUAUUGGAGAUAAUACAGCGCAAGACACUGAAAGAGUACGAACAACCGGCUUGUGUAGGCCAUGUGCGAUAUCGCGGCAGACAGAGUGCGCAAACUCCAGCCGAAAACCGAGAAUGA